CCUCUGCCUACCCUUUGCUUUUGGUGAUCUCCAGGGCUCUGUCUUUAGCCUCAUCUUACUCUAUUCUCUCUCCUUGUGAGAUUUUAUCAAUUCUUAGAGGUUUUCUGUAGACUCUCCAGUGAGAUCCCUAAGCUGGGGAGUGGGACCAUUGUUUCUACCCAUAUCCCUAAUGGUCACUACAGAACUUGGCACAUACAAGUGCCAACAAAAUAUCUGAAUGAAUGACAACUCCCAGCUCUACCUCCAGACUGGAGCUGAGCUUCCAGACCUGGACGCUCAACUGCCCACUAGACAUGCAAAGGAUGUUAGCCAAAUAAGGGGAAGGUGGGGAUAGGGUAAAGGGGGAAAGAGUAUUCCAGGAAGAAGAGAUCAAGCCCUACCAACUUCAUUUCCAGAGUUGUUAAGCUCAUUUAUUUCUUCCAUCUCCACUGACACAGACCUUCCCUCUUCCCUGGCCCAUGGUCAUGGUCUCCCUGACUCAUCUUGCUCCCCUCCACUCGGCAGUCCUGUGCCACUCGGUGGCAAAAUCUAAUCCCCUUCCUCCCCUGCUGAUAACCCUCAGCUGGUUUACAAGGCCUCCUCUCACAUUUUGUGCUGCAUAACAGAGAAGGAAUUGUAGGCCCCUGAAGACCCUAAGCUGUCGCUCCUCGGGGGCCUUUGCUCUAGGGGCCGGUCCCUGCGAACGGGCGUGCCCCCUCUGCGCGCUCUUAAAGACACAGUUCAGGUGUCACUGCCUCUGGAAUGCCCACCCUAGGGCUCCCAGCUUGAACUGCCUCCCCUCCCCUUCAGUCCUGGUAAAGGAGGGCCCUAACAAUCGUUGAGUCCCAGAAGGCUCCACUUCCGGGUUCGUCUGCUUCAACCAGCCAGUGAGCUCGGGCGAGCCAGUCCAUUCUGGGUCUCACUACCCCCACCCCUAUCCGUAUGUAGAGUGGCGCUAGGUCAGACCUCGCCUGAAGACCCUGCCAUCCGCAGCUGGGCGACUUAGCCCCGCCCCCUCGCCGCCGUUGCGCGGCACCGCCCCACUCUUCCGUGCUCCCCCCGAAGAAAUGGUUCGACCGAAGGGGCGGUGCCAAGGUGACUGGCCGCUCCGAUUGGUCAGGGCGAACCGUACCACGGCGGUGGCGGGGGAGCGCUUCGUGGGCAGCCGGCGGGCUCCGAGGCGGUGAGUGCAAAGCCUCAGACCCUGGCUCGCUCCUGCGUUGCGCCGUGCUAGGCCGCCCGCCGGGAUGCAGUGGGCCGUGGGCCGGCGGUGGGCGUGGGCCGCGCUGCUCCUGGCUGUCGCAGCGGUGCUGACCCAGGUCGUCUGGCUCUGGCUGGGUACGCAGAGCUUCGUCUUCCAGCGCGAAGAGAUAGCGCAGUUGGCGCGGCAGUACGCUGGGCUGGACCACGAGCUGGCCUUCUCUCGGCUGAUCGUGGAGCUGCGGCGGCUGCACCCAGGCCACGUGCUGCCCGACGAGGAGCUGCAGUGGGUGUUCGUGAAUGCGGGUGGCUGGAUGGGCGCCAUGUGCCUUCUGCAUGCCUCGCUGUCCGAGUAUGUGCUGCUCUUCGGCACCGCCCUAGGCUCCCGCGGCCACUCGGGGCGCUACUGGGCUGAGAUCUCGGAUACCAUCAUCUCUGGCACCUUCCACCAGUGGAGAGAGGGCACCACCAAAAGUGAGGUCUUCUACCCAGCUCUCCAGCGCCCCCUGCCCCCGAAGCUGGCUGGAAGGAAGGUGGGAGACACCUGUUGGGCGGCUGAGAGCGGCAGAGCCCACAGGGGCCUCUCCCCAUGCGCCCCGCCCGCCCUGUCCGGCUCGGGUCCCGCCCCCGCGGCCGCCGCAAGCAACGCGGCGAGUGAGCGCACAGCGGCCAGAGGAGCACAGGGCGGCGGGAGCGCACCGCGGGGACCCAGCCGAGGCCAGGGCCGCCAGGGAGGCGGGCAGAGCAAAGGCAGCGCCGUGGAGACGCCGGGGGCAGCGGGCCACGCCAGGCAGGCGGCCCUUUCCUCGGGGUCCCGCCUGGUACCAGGGCCCCCCUCAGCUGGGGGACUGCGCCUGGAAGCUGUCAUGGAGGCCCUGCAGAAGCAGCAGGCAGCUCGGCUGGCCCAGGGGGUGGGGCCAUUGGCCCCUGCACGCUCGCUGCUGCCACCCGGGCCUCCCCUGCCUGACCACCGGACCCUACAGGCCCCUGAGGGGGCCUUGGGGGAGGUUGGGACUGAGGAAGAGGAAGAUGCUGAAGAAGAUGAGGAGGAGGGGGAGGAAGCCAGGGCAGAGGAGGAGGCAGCUGAGGAGAACCAUCCAGGGGCCCAGGGCCCCAGCUCACCUUCUAGCCAGCCCCCUGGACUCCAUCCCCACGAGUGGACCUACGAGGAACAAUUCAAGCAGCUGUAUGAGCUCGAUGCAGACCCCAAGAGGAAGGAAUUUCUGGAUGACCUGUUUAGCUUCAUGCAAAAGAGGGGGACGCCAGUGAACCGCGUGCCCAUCAUGGCGAAGCAGGUGCUGGACCUGUACGCUCUGUUUCGUCUGGUGACCGCCAAGGGCGGCCUGGUGGAAGUCAUCAACCGCAAAGUGUGGCGGGAAGUCACGCGCGGCCUCAGCCUACCCACCACCAUCACCUCGGCCGCCUUCACUCUACGCACCCAGUACAUGAAGUACUUGUACCCGUACGAGUGCGAGACUCGAGCGCUCAGCUCCCCAGGGGAGCUCCAGGCCGCCAUAGACAGCAAUCGGCGCGAAGGCCGUCGCCAGGCUUACACCGCUACUCCACUCUUUGGCUUGGCAGGGCCGCCCCCUCGGGGCGCUCUGGGCCCUGCCUUGGGUGCCGGCCCCGCCCCUCGGGCGACCCCAUCCAGCCCCGGCCCCGCCCAGGGUUCCGCCUCCGGCCUGCCAGCGCACGCAUGCGCUCAGUUGAGUCCAAGCCCUAUUAAGAAAGAGGAGAGUGGAAUUCCAACCCCUCGCCUGGCACUGCCUGUGGGCCUGGCAUUGGGACCUACACGGGAGAAACUGGCACCAGAGGAGCCCCCAGAAAAGAGAGCUGUGCUGAUGGGGCCCAUGGACCCACCUCGACCUGGCAUGCCCCCCAGUUUCCUGCCCCGUGGCAAGGUUCCCCUGAGGGAAGAGCGGCUGGAUGGGCCUCUUAAUCUGGCAGGCAGUGGCAUCAGCAGUAUCAACAUGGCCCUAGAGAUCAACGGGGUGGUCUACACUGGUGUCCUCUUUGCCCGCCGCCAGCCUGUGCCAGCUUCCCAGGGUCCAACCAACCCUGCACCCCCACCCUCUACAGGGCCCCCUUCCAGCACCUUCCCCUGAGAGGUCCUACUUGAAACUAAGAGUCCCAGCCCCAUUGCUGAGUGGGGAGGAGUCCCCCUGCUUUGAUUCUUUCCGGCUGCCCACUCUGGGACCCAGCCCUGGGAGGGAACCACACCUCCCAUGCCAUGUAGACUUAAAACCAAAGUUUCUUUUGAUGUUACACCUACCUCACUGUAAAGGGAAGGCAUCUCCUCCCCAGCCAAUUCCAGCAGCAUCUACUAAAGUGUUCUUCCUCCAGUAACCACUAUCAUCUCCUCAUGUGUCCCCUCUGUCAAUGUCAUCUCUAGAACCCUACCCCUUUGAGUCAGCCUUGCUUCUCUUCAGGAGCCAAGUGAAAGGUUGGGUGGGGUACUGUGAAAGAGACAUCCCUCAGGUCACAUCUAGACAAUAAAGCUGUGAUCCCUCCCUC